AUGAGCUUCAACAAUGGAUUGUCCGAAAACAUGUCCCAAAUAUUCUCUCCGACGUUGACUGAAGAUGAAUUGGAAUUUCUCAAACAACUUCCGAGAGAACCUUUGUUAACUAAGCCAUCUGCUGAAGAUGUUGCUACUCUCAAUUUGCUAAAACAUGCUGAGUCUGAAGUUUUUCGGCUAUUCCGCAAGCAAGAAUACUUUAGGAAAGCAUACAACGAUACACUUGAUCGUAUGAAUAGCUUAGCUAAUGUUCUACCGUCCUAUGCUCUCGAUAGUAUAAAAACUCCGUUGCAUCCUGAAGAUGAGACCAAUUAUGAAGAAGAUGAAAGCGAUAUUUCACUUGAUCCGGAAUACGUUAAUUUUAUGAUGAAAACUCUACAUCAUCGUCGAACUCGUGAUAAUGUUGCAGUGAAUUCACAGGCUUUGAAAAAAAUGUUACAACCACCUCCUAAAACUGAAAAAACUGACGACAUGGAUUCGAUUGCCGCUCAAAUUCAAAUGUGUGAAACUUCCUUAUUACACCAUGCGAUAUUUUUAUCGCCCUGUGUUGAUUCACCGGUAUGGCCUGAUCUACCCUUAAACUCAGAUUUCUUGAUUCCACACUGUAUUUUUGGUACAAGUAUGGAAUUUUCAGCAUGGAUAUCGGUAGCCCAAAUUUUGCAGGCCGACCAUAGAUAUCAGGUGUGCGUCGGCAUGCAUGAAUUAUUCAAUGCAGUUUAUUUGCUGAUCGGUCUUAUAUCUCCCAAUCUAAUUCUAAUGGUGUAAAUGUAUAUCCUUGUAUAUGAAGUAAUCAGGUAACGAGCAGUUCUACCGAAAUUUGAUGCAUUCAGCAUUAAAUCCUGCUUUAUUAACACCUUUGUUGUUUGUUUUAAAUUAGUAUCAGGAAGUAUAUGUUUCCAAAUCAGGUAUAACUUUCAGUUAUGUCUGCUUUGUAUAACUUUGCUGUCUCCACGCCACAGGAGGAAAUACACCAGGGGAGGUGAUUUUAUAUGCCAUUUGUAUGCCUGAAUUAUACAUCUAAUCUUCUUAGUUUGCUGUCAUUCAAACAGAAUAGAUAUAGUGACUGUAUGUCUUUUGGUUCACAUUGCUAAAUACUUGUGAUAAAAGACACGGAAAAGUUUCCUGCUUUGAAAUUUCAUUUCUAACUGUUACUUUAGCAUGUUAAGUCAAAUUAUUUGAAGGCAUUUCAUUUCAUAAAUCUGAAGCGAGCUAAAUUGAAAUUGAUGAUAACUAUAGAGGCUUAUUCACUUAUUAUCCUACUAAAAUCUCCAGG